GAUAAUAGAAAAGGAAACAUAUUGCCCCAAGGCUGCUGUUUUCAUUUCCUCAUGCAAAGAAGAAGCACAGUAGAGAAGAAAAGCAGACCGAGCACACUCAACCUUUGCUACCAUGGGGAACUGGGCUGUGAAUGAGGGACUCUCCAUCUUUGUCAUUCUGGUGUGGUUGGGGUUGAACGUCUUCCUCUUUAUCCACUAUUACAAGGUUUAUGAUGAUGGACCUAAUUACUAUUAUACUCGAAAACUUCUUGGGUCAGCACUGGCUCUUGCCAGGGCCCCUGCCGCCUGCCUAAAUUUCAACUGCAUGCUGAUCCUACUGCCAGUGUGUCGAAAUCUGCUCUCCUUCCUCAGGGGUUCCAGUGCGUGUUGCUCAACAAGAAUUCGAAGACAACUGGAUCGGAACCUCACUUUCCAUAAAAUGGUAGCAUGGAUGAUAGCACUUCACACUGCGAUCCACACCAUUGCACAUCUGUUCAAUGUGGAGUGGUGUGUGAAUGCCAGAGUCAACAAUUCUGACCCAUAUUCAGUAUCACUCUCUGAAAUCGGUGACAAGGACAAUGAAGAGUAUCUCAAUUUUGCUAGAGAAAAAAUCAAGAACCCUGAAGGGGGCUUGUAUGUGGCCGUGACUAGGUUGGCUGGUAUUACAGGAAUUGUCAUCACACUGUGUCUCAUUUUAAUCAUCACAUCUUCUACCAAAACCAUCCGGAGGUCUUACUUUGAAGUGUUCUGGUAUACACACCAUCUAUUUGUGAUCUUCUUCAUUGGCCUUGCCAUCCAUGGAGCUGAACGAAUUGUACGUGGACAGACGAAAGACAGUUUGGACAAGCAUAAUAUAGAGUUCUGUGAAGACAAAAUCUCAAAAUGGGGAACAAUAAAGGAGUGCCCAGUACCAAAGUUCUCUGGGAAUCCUCCUAUGACUUGGAAAUGGAUAGUGGGUCCCAUGUUCCUGUAUCUCUGUGAGAGGCUGGUCCGGUUUUGGCGAUCUCAACAGAAGGUGGUCAUCACUAAGGUGGUCACUCACCCUUUUAAAACCAUUGAGCUUCAGAUGAAGAAGAAGGGAUUCAAGAUGGAGGUAGGACAGUAUAUUUUUGUCAAGUGCCCCAAGGUAUCCAAGCUGGAAUGGCACCCAUUCACCCUGACCUCUGCUCCUGAGGAAGACUUUUUUAGCAUUCAUAUCCGUAUUGUGGGAGACUGGACAGAAGGGCUAUUUAAUGCUUGUGGCUGUGAUAAGCAAGAGUUCCAAGAUGCCUGGAAACUGCCUAAGAUAGCAGUUGAUGGGCCCUUUGGCACAGCCAGUGAAGAUGUGUUCAGCUAUGAAGUGGUGAUGCUAGUGGGAGCAGGGAUCGGAGUCACGCCUUUCGCCUCCAUUCUCAAGUCUGUCUGGUACAAAUAUUGCAAUAAUGCCACAAAUCUGAGGCUCAAAAAAAUCUAUUUCUAUUGGCUGUGCAGAGACACACAUGCCUUCGAGUGGUUUGCAGAUCUGCUGCAGCUGCUGGAGACCCAGAUGCAGGAAAGGAACAAUGCCGACUUCCUCAGCUACAACAUCUACCUUACCGGCUGGGAUGAGUCUCAGGCCAAUCAUUUUGCUGUACACCAUGAUGAGGAGAAAGAUGUGAUCACUGGCUUAAAACAAAAGACUCUGUAUGGAAGGCCCAACUGGGAUAAUGAGUUCAAGGCAAUUGCAAGUCAACACCCUAACACCAGAAUAGGAGUUUUUCUCUGUGGCCCUGAAGCUUUGGCUGAAACCCUCAGCAAACAGAGCAUCUCCAACUCUGAGUCUGGCCCUCGUGGAGUACAUUUCAUUUUCAACAAGGAAAACUUCUAAUUCAGCUCUCUCAUGAAGAAAUAAGUGUAUGCUGCCAAAUGCCCCAAUAUUGCUGGUUGACUGUAUGAGUUCCAUGCUCUGAAGAAAGAAGGAGGAAGGAAACUAUAAUGACAUAGGCCCCCCCCUCAAAAGAAUUCCAAAGAAUGUUUGUUAGUGAUAGGUUACAUUUGCAUGGAGUUUCAUGGCUUUCACAGCACUCUUACAAACAUUGUCAUGAUACUUUAGUUCAUAUUUCCCUACGCAUGCCACAAGAGGGGAAGGCAAGCAUUGUCUUGGACUCAUUUUAGGAUAAACAGUAAGAGCUCAAGUAAUUUCAUCACUUUCCCUCAGAUUCAGAAGCUGAAACGAGAUCUAUGUCACUAAUGCCAGGUCAUCUCAAGAAUCCGAUUUUAUACUUUCCCCAAACAGGAGAGUUAAUCAAAAAGUAGCUCAUCAUUCUUCAUUUUUGUUUCAUCUUUAACAUUAGCAUUAUGCAAAAGGAGAGGGUUUUUUUUGAGGAGAUAAUGAUGGCAACAGUAUUGACAUGGAAGUAUAUUCCAGUUUACCAGCACAACAGCCUAACUGGGUUAGAGAUUAUUCCUACAAAGGAACAGUAGACUGGAGUUAAGGUAGCACUCUACAUUUAGCAUGGUGCUUGGUAGAGUGGGUGUUCAAGGUCAGUUUAUUGAAGGAAUGAACAUUUAGAGCUAUAUGACUUCAGAGUGAGAUUAAAAUUACCCUUCUGUUACUUUUACAGACCAGAGGAUCCUGAUUCCCCUGGCAGGUAGAGAGCAGGAUAUGGACCAGUAGGAUAGACUGGCCUAGUGUAUUCAAUCCAUUGUUAUUUUCAGGCAAGAGGGAUGAAUUCAGAGACCUAAGCUGCUAUGAUGAUGCUGGCUAUAAGUCCAUAAGAUGGGAAAGAAAAACACACUGUUUACUGCCAGAAAUGGUCUGCUCAAGUCCACCCUUGUGAAUUUUGAACUGAAUUCUAGCAAAUGUAUAUGAUAAUACAUAUCCUACUCAGAAUCCAUUUAUUGUUUUUUUUUUUUUUUUUGCUUAGAUACCCACACAAAUAGAUCUACGUGUACAGAUAACUUGUUUUUACUACAUCAUUUUCAUCACCACCACUACCAACAUUGCCAUCUUCCUGAAAUAAAAAGUCCUCAAAACUGUAAUCCCCAAAUAGUGAAAUCACACCCAAUAUUUUAUGGGUAGUUAGAAGUGCAAGACAGAGUCUAAAUCACUGCUAUAGUAGUCACAGUUCAUUAAAACGUCUACUUCCGUUUCUGGGAACUAAAAACAACUAUGAUUGCCCCUUCCACCAGGGAUGCAAAGGUUUUUAACUAUUCGGCUUUGGAAAUGAGGAAGAAAGAGUAGAGGGAAGGACAGAUGCCUUGUUGCAGAGAAAGGAAAUGUGGGGACAAUGGAGAGAAAAUAAAGUAUAGCAUUCAAAAGGGAAAUGGCAGCAGGCAGGGGGUCUCACAGUGCUCAUGUUUCAGCCUCCAUUUCUGUUUUGUAUGUAUUGCAUGUGAUUGAAGGAGGCAUGCAGACUCAUCUUCUGACUUCAGAUGGUGUUGAAUCUUUUCAAUUAUGCUCAUAAAUCAUGAUGUUAUGUGGACAUUUUGAAGCGACUAAAUGAAGCGAGAAUUCAGAUGCCACUUAUGUUUCUUCUAUACCCUUGUUCUGCCACCAUCCUUAGAGCACUGAAGGUUGGUUCUGGCAAAUAAGGCUUUCCUAGAUGUGCACAUGACACCAUAAGAAAUGUUCCCCUGGAGAAAGGUCCAGCCGCUUCAUGUUGCACCCCAGACAUGAGUCCACUCAUUCAACAUGCAUUUGUUUUGUGUAAUUAACACCAGUAAGAUAGUGUAUGCAAUAGUUUUAGUUAUUUGUAGCAAAUUUUGAGCUAGAGGGAGACCUCAGUUACAUGGAAAUUGAACAUAUGUAUCUAACAAAGUGGAAUUAAAUAGUCUCUGUCUGUUUGUUGCUCCAAGAAUGUUUCUCCAGUUUUCUAUAGUUACCAACAUAGUUCCCAAAAUAGAGAUGUGGAACGUGUUUCUUGUUUGAGAACUUCCUUCUUUUUCCUCCCAAGCCCCCAGCCCCUGGCUCCCAGCUGCCAGCAUAGCUUUCAGCAUUUACUUCUUAGAAUUUAAUAGCAGGUAUUGAGAUAUAUAUUUAGCAACAAAUAAUCAAAUGAGAAAAUAAUGCUACACAUGCUUUUCUUAGUUUUUCUUGCUUUUGCAAUAUUGUGUUUAUGGGAUUUGAAUACAUGCAGCCAUUGGAUGUUAAUGGUUUGAAUGAGAAGAUGAUCUGGGCAUGAUUUUAGAAAUAGCUAUUAAAGCUUGCUUAGAUGUUGAAAUCA